GAGCACGACCGCACCAACGUGAAGAUGGCACGCCCGGCGCACGACAAGUGGGGUAUCUCGAAGAUCGUCCUCGUCUUCUGCGACGACUUCCUCAAGAGGGUGUACACGUUCCCGUGGUACCACGAGCCGGAGUGGAAGGAGGCCUUGCAGCCCGUCCUGGACGUGCUUGGCAUACCGGAGGAGAAAAUGGUGCGCUGCCUGCUGGCCUCGAUGCCCCCCGGGUGCGUCAUACCCGUCCACCACGACACCGGGCACUGGGUGCAGCACACGCAUCGGGUGCACGUCGCUGUGGUCACCGAUGUGAGAGAGGUCGACUUUUUCGUUGGGCCUGACCCGAAGCACAUGAGGAAGGUGAUGUUCGACGAGGGCAGGGUGGUGGAGCUUAACAACCAGGCCAAGCACGCCGUCACCAACCGGUGGUCCAGAGAUCGCGUGCACCUCAUCCUGGACUAUGUUGACGAGUACCCCCUGGAAUUCGUACGGCUCGCCCCUGGGUCCAAGCUUGCACAGACGCGAAGAAGCAUCGACGUUGAGGGGCUGGUCACGAGACAUGGGCCGGACCCUGCCUUCGUAAUCCUAGGCGGGCAGAAGUGCGGAACGACCCUGCUUUACGAGUGCCUCAACCAGCACCCUCUCGUCGCGCGCGGUCGGCGCAGAGAAACGCACUUCUUCGACUGGGCUUGGCCGGCGAAGGGGGAGUCGCUGACGGUGGACCAGCUGCGAGAAUCUUAUAUGGCGUUCUUCUACGCGAAAGAACUGAAAUCGCACCCUUCCAUCGUGACUGGGGAGUCGACCCCGUCAUAUCUGCUGCGUGGAGAUCUGGUCAUACCUCGAUUGAAGAAGGUCGCCGGGAAGACACGCCUCCUGGUGAUGCUGAGGGACCCCGUGAAACGGGCGUACUCGCACUACCAGAUGGCGGUCGACCCAGAGGGCACCCCUGCGCAGCUGAGGAGUCGAGGCGGUGGAGGCUGGACGAGCAAGACCUUUGAGCAGGUUGUCGAGGAGGAGGCAGCCGUGCUCGAGAAAGCCGGUGUCGGCCCCGCAACUUCCCCGAGGGACUUCGCAAGGGACUACCUCAGCACACGACCAAACGGCUACGGAGGGCAUAGGUUGUCCGAAGACUCGCUCCAAGAGGCCAUGGAAGGCGUUUUCGAGCACGUCGGGCUCCCCCCUUCGCCGGUGAAAGACAAAGCCCCAAAGAACCACAGGGACUACCCCCCGAUGGACGAAGGCGUACGCCGGCGGCUGCGAGACUUUUACGCUCCGUACGAUGCCGCGCUGCGGCAGCUGCUGAGGAGAGACUCGCUUCCGUGGUAGACAUGUAUCGCGUGGAUAUUUU